AUGGCAACAACUACUACUCUUUCCGUAGUGAAAAGUGACCCAAACACAAGCAUCAACUCCAUCAUUUGCAACACGCAAUAUUACUCGGGGGACGACCCCUUUGGCGAUAGCGUGGCUUAUGUUCUUGCUGAUUUGAUGAACGUCACCCCUUCCCAAAACCCCUACGAUUACUACACCGUCUCGCCCUAUCCCACAUCCGUUGCUUAUGGCCACGCAACUUGCAGCCAGGCAUUGGCCAAUUCCGAGUGUGCCAAUUGCUUGGCUUCGGCUAGAGGCGCGGUGUCUAGCACUUGCACAGGCAGUGUUGGUGGCCAAGUUGGGAUGGUUGAUUGUAGCAUGAGUCAGAGUGAAUCCCAGCAAAACACAAAAGUACAGUACUAUAAUAAUAAGAGAGAUCUAGCUAGAGAGCAAGACAAUAUUAUUAGAAAGAAAAUGAUCAGUCAAUUUCCUAAGUUCAUUGCUCUUAUCAUGCUAGCAACAGCAUUGUUUGGUGUCGCCAAGAGUGAUCCAAACACCAAUUUGGUGAACUAUAUUUGUAAUGGCAAUGGGUAUGCCAGUGGCGACCCUUUUGAGAAUAGUGUGGCCUAUGUUCUUAUGGAUUUGAUGAAUGUCACGCCGUCUCAACAAGGCUACGAUUAUCGUACCGUCUCCCCCUACCCGACUGCUGUUGCUUAUGGGCAUGCAACUUGCAACCAAGCUCUCAACAAUAAUGACUGCGCCAACUGCCUCGUAUCAGCCAAAACCACCGUGUCGGGAGCGUGUGCUGGUCGCGUUGGUGCGCAGGUUCAGCUUGGUGAUUGUACUAUGAGAUUUGAGAACUACCCUUUCUGA